AUGGGGUUCCCGUUCCCGCCCCCCCGGUCCCCGUGCCCCCCACCGUUGAAGCGGGCGGCCCGCACCGCUCCCUGCCCGCACUCCAGCGUCCGCACCCGCCGCCGCGGCAGGGAAGGGCCAUCCCCUGGGGGCUCGGGGGGGACAGGGACUGUCCCCAGGAGAUUCAGGAGGUCAGGGACUGUCCCCAGGGGGCUUGGAGGGGGCAAGGAACCAUCCCCAGGGUGUCCCCAAGCCAUACCCCUCUGCCCGCAGCUGAAGUGGUGUGCCUGGAUCGCCGUCUACUGCUCCUUCAUCAGCUUCGCCAACUCCCGCAGCUCGGAGGACACCAAGCAGAUGAUGAGCAGCUUCAUGCUCUCCAUCUCGGCCGUGGUGAUGUCCUACCUGCAGAACCCCCAGCCUAUGUCCCCCCCGUGGUGACGACGGCCGGUGUCUGGGGGGGGUGGCUCAUCGCAGGCGAGGCGGCGCGUUGUGUCGGGGCCGGGACAAUUAAAGGGGGAUGCUGGGGCAAA